AUGAGUGUUGUUCAGGAUGAACAACACAUUGAAGCGAUAUCGACUAACAGAGAGUCGAUCGUAGAGCGAGCCCGAUCGACUAAAAGAGGGUCGAUCGAAGAGGACGUGACUGUGGCUGUACACCCACAGUCAGCACACGUAUUUGUAGAUAGUUCCAACGUUCCUGAGAGUGAUAACUCCCGAGAGAGUUAUGUUGAGGGUGUGGAUCCCCAACCACCUGCGGAUGUGUUUUCCCAGGGAAUCACCAAGACAGUGAAUGUCUUGGUGAAUAACGGAUCAAGUGUAGGCACUUAUAAACUUGACCUGGUUACACCCCCGAAGUCAGCCUCGGAGGUAAUCAAGUUGCCAACGCUAGAAUCUAAGAGAUUCUUGCAAGAUCUACGUAGUGACAAGAUCAAGAAGAUCUGCGUAUUCGUCACCGAGGACGAGUACGUCGCCGAUAUUCGGUCAGCACAAGUGUUUACUGAGAACGAGCGGGUUCCCAGUAGCUCAUCGAUGGACGAGUGUGUCCUCAACGGAUGA